GACAGGUGGAGUGUCGGCCACACGAGAGUUAAAGUCCCGGUCUGGCGCCUCAACUUGAAAUUUUACCGGUCGUGAGUUCGUUGUCCGACAUGAAAAUUCAUUUCCAACGCCACAACCAUUGAGUUAUCAUUUUAAAAAUCCCUCAAAUCUCCUCAAUUUAUAAAAUCAUUCCUACCCUAUUAACGAAUUAAUUAAUAUUAGCCCAGAUUCGCUGGGGGAUCGCUGUGCUAACUCGCGUGUGAAUCCGGUUCAGGUUGAAUGUGAAAAUACACCGUGAGGAGUCACGAUCUACCUAAUUUCCAUCAUCUACCCAAUUUCUUCUUGAAAACAGAAAAAAAAAAGAAAGGGACUUGUGAAAAUCGUGCAAUUCCUGGAUCAUCGACAGCUGCCGAGUCCGGAUAGGAGAAUAAAAUGUUUCGUAAGAAAUGGCGCGGGAUCGUUUAGGAUCGGAUUAUUCAGAGAGUAUGAGCGACGCGACAACUUGCACCUGUACAACAACAUCUCUUGACAAGUGUUCAUUACGGAGCUGCACAAUGUUCCACGAGCCCUUUUUCCUCCACCCCCCGACCACCCGUCCCCGAGACGGUAUCUACAUAAAUCCCUUUAUAUCGGAAUCUCCAAAGCCUAAGGAUCCAGAAUCCUUCUACCUCCACAGCCCUCACGAUCUCGUCUACACGAGGAUAACACGUCUCUUCUGCGAUAACCUGGACAAGUCUCGAAAUAUGGAGCGAAAUGGUAUCGAGAGGAAGGACGAGACUCUGACCGUGAAAGUGGACGUACACAUCAAUAAUGGAAGUUACAAGACCCUGAGCAACGGUAACUCGAUAAAGUCGGACAUAAUCAAGGACACGGAUCAUGCUUAUGAGCAGAUCUGCAUCAGGCCGGAAGAGACGGAGAGUGUUAAGUCGAUUGGAAAUAAAAAAAUUCAUGACGACACGGCUGCAACCGGCCGUUCGAGAACGAGUGGACGGAGAUUCAGUCGAUCAAGCAGCGGUAGUGAAUCUUCCCAAUUGAGCAGCGAACUUCACUAUUCAUCCACAACUUCCACCCCAUCAUUGUCCCGCAACAGCAGUAACGAACGUCUCGUAAAAAUUCCAAAACCCCCAGAAUUGCCAGAGAGAAACAGCUCAACGCCAGAAUGUGAAAAGAGUACGAAGCCAUUGAUAAAUGGUCCUAGCCUCGUGAAUCCACCACCACCACCUCCUCCACCACCUCCCCCAGACAGCGAGGACAAUCCAAAAACCCUCGACAUGAACGAUAAAAAAGACACCAAGGAUACCAAGUACGACAGUGAAAGCACCAGCUCAGCGGCCAAGUCCGAGAUAUCCUCCGAACAGGCGCAUCAGUGUCUACCACAGGCGGAAGUUGCGGCUGGUGCUAGUGCAUCGAGUACUGAUACUGAGGAUCCAAAGCAGUGCCAGGUGACACACCUGCUUCACAAGCACAUGGUGUUGCCAUUUAUACCACCAAAAUUCAACAAUGCUGCCGAUUCGAACACCCUCCUCAAGCCAUCCGAGUAUUUGAAGAGUAUUUGCAAAGGAUCGGGCAAAAAUACAUUGUCAAAAGCACGAUCUGUGGAUAAUUUGGACCUUCAAACCCGAACGGAAGAGGAAGAGGUGGUGCAGUGUCCUGAGACAAAAUCAACGCCCCCAGGUCCACCUCCACCCCCUCUACCACCUCUUCUAAUAACAAAGGACACCUCGACAACGACAUCAUCAUCCCCUCCACAGACCGGCAAUAACGAAUCACCAGAAACACCGAGAACACCCCAGCCAUUGGCAACAAUCAGCAUCCACGAUUUAACGAGUGUUCAAUUGCGUCGUACCAACAUUAAGAUGCACGCUACGAAGACAUUCUCAGCCCCACCACCUCGCAGUGUCUCCAUGACCAAUGUGUCAGAGCCGUUCUUCGUCCAGAAAACUGAUCUUAUUGCUGAGCUAAAGCUAGCUAAAGACAUACCUGGAAUAAAGAAAUUCAAAGUUGAAAUGGCAAAAGUGGAGAAGACACAGGAGCAAAAUCUCAUAUCCGAAAUAAGCAAGAGUUUCAGUGUCUCAAAUUUUGUGGAUCAAAUACCAGAGAGAGACGCCGCUGGAAAUAUAAUUCCCAUCUGGAAACGCCAAAUGCUAGCUAGAAAAGCAGCGGAACGCGCAAAAAAAGAGUUAGAGGAGCAAAUAGCCCGGGAAAACGAGGAGAAACGACAAAAAGCCAUUCCCCCAUGGAAGAGGCAAUUGCUUGCAAAAAAAGAGCACUUCGAUGAAAAAGAGAAAAAAACAACUGCACCAGUGCCUCCUACUCCAAUGGCCCCAGCACCCCCACCAGUUAAAAUCGACUUAGUACCUGUUCAAAAAAGGGAUGCCCCAGCACCGACAAGGCCGAAGGAAGUGAAAGUGGAGGAGGAAAAUAAACCAGUACCUACCAGGGACAAUGAUUCCGACGACGAUGCCCCAAUUAUUCCCUGGCGUGCACAACUUCGAAAAACAAACAGCAAAUUGAAUAUUCUCGACUGAUUAAUUAACCGACAAGACAAUCCCAAACACCACGAGGGGAAAAAAGAGGAAAAGAAAAAAAUGAAUAAAACCAGAGCUACCGUUGAAUAUCGCAAGGCUUCCCCAGAGUAUAUUUCACGAUUGUUUGAUCACUCGAUUGAGCAUUCAGUAUACAAUGUAAUCUAUUCUACCAAGUAUGUGGACAUAAUCGACAAUCGAUACUAUUAAGAUCCAUCACAAGUGUAAAUAAAAAUGUCAGUUUACAAUGAGGUGAAUGUGU